AUGAAACAUGCAUUCUCAUUUUGGCGACAACACACGCCAGAGCAAACACGCAAACACGAUUUCGACGAGCAAGACAACGAUGAAGAGGUCAGUGGCCAUCUCCUCGACCAGCGGCUUCGAAAGCUGGCCGAGCCUAGGCAUCAUUGGAGGCACCUAGCUCCGUGGCUCUUGUUUCACGGAGCGAUUGUGGCCACCUAUAUUCUUCUUAUUCCAUAUAUUCUGCCCACAUCUUAUAUUCAACGUCGACAAAGCUGCGUGUCCAAAUUCAAUUAUUACUCACCGAUAAACGAGGCGAUACGAGAGGAAUAUCUAGACGUCAGGUUCAACGGGUCCUUGUGGUACGACUCGCCUUACAAAGGACCGCCAACGGCCGAGGUCGAACAAGCGUGGCAAGAUCUCAUGGCAUACGGAACCAUUCGCGUCACGGCCGACGACAUCAGCCGCAUCGGACACAAUCUCACGGCGGUGCAGUUCCCCGAGGCCGCCGGGGGCGGGUAUCUCGCCGUGGCCAUGGGAACACACCAGAUACACUGCCUGCACUUCAUCUGGCAAGACCACCACGCGGCCUUCUUUCCCACGACGCAGGCAAACAAGGAGGGCGCGUCGGAAAUGUACGAGCGCCACUACGAGCACUGCAUCGACUACAUUCGCCAGACGCUCAUGUGCAACUUUGACCCGGGCAUCAUCCCGUACUACUGGGUGAGGCAGCACAACCAGCCUACCCCGGACGGCAACACGCGACACAAGUGCGCCGACUGGGACGCUCUGCAGUCGUGGUUGAAGCAGCGAGCGGUGCCGAUCCCGGACGGGUUCGAGUGGCAUCAGCCGCCGGAUGCUGUGCCGCUGCCCGAGAACCCGUAG